AUGUCUGUAUCGGGGAUCUUCAUUUUGGACCUCAAAGGAAAUGUUGUCGUUUCCCGAAAUUACCGAGGAGACGUCGAAAUGGGAUGCAUUGAUCGUUUCAUGCCGUUGAUGCUUGAAAAAGAAGACGAGGGGAAACCGUCGCCGGUGAUCACCGAUCGAGAAACCACGUACAUCUACAUCAAACAUAUGAACCUUUUUCUUGUCGCGGUGAGCAAAAAGAAUUGCAAUGUGGUUCUCGUCUUAUCGUUUUUGUACAAAUGUGUCGACGUUUUCAAGGAAUACUUCAAAGAUCUGGAGGAAGAGUCAGUCAGAGACAACUUUGUCAUUAUUUACGAGCUUUUCGACGAGAUGAUGGACUUUGGCUAUCCACAAACGACCGAGGGAAAGAUUCUACAAGAAUACAUCACGCAAGAAGGUCAACGCUUGGAGGUGGCACCCCGUCCGCCAAUGGCGGUGACAAAUGCGGUGAGCUGGCGGAGUGAGGGAAUUAAAUAUCGAAAGAAUGAAGUGUUCUUGGAUGUGAUCGAGAGUGUCAAUAUGCUGGCCAACUCAAAUGGCACAGUGUUGCGGAGUGAGAUCGUCGGCUCGAUUCGUAUGCGAGUGGUGCUUUCGGGAAUGCCCGAGCUUCGACUUGGCCUCAAUGAUAAAGUCGCUUUCCAACCGUCUGGACAAGCCAGAAGUGGGAAAGGCGUCGAGUUGGAGGACAUCAAGUUCCAUCAAUGCGUUCGCCUUUCGCGUUUUGACGCUGAGAGAACGAUUUCCUUUAUUCCCCCGGAUGGUGAAUUCGAGUUGAUGAGCUACAGAUUGACGACACAGGUGAAACCAUUGAUCUGGGUGGAAGCCGCCGUGGAAAAGCACAAGAAUUCUCGCGUUGAAUACAUGGUGAAAGCGAAAUCACAAUUCAAACGACAAUCCAUCGCGAAUCACGUUGAGGUGAUCAUCCCGGUUCCCUCUGAUGCGUAUGGACAAAAAUUCAAAACGAGCAUCGGUUCGGUGAAAUACGCGCCAGAGCUAAACGCUUUCGUGUGGACGAUUCGAAGUUUUCCGGGUGGACGUGAAUAUCUGAUGCGAGCACAUUUCCUCUUGCCAUCGAUUUCAAGCGAGGACAUUGAGGGGAAUCCGCCGAUUUCAGUCAAAUUCGAGAUUCCCUAUUACACCACAUCGGGUCUACAGGUACGAUAUCUUCGCAUUAUCGAACGAUCCGGUUAUCAAGCGUUACCUUGGGUUCGAUAUGUGACUCAGAAUGGAGACUAUGAGAUUCGUUCACGU